GCAGCGACCACAGUCAGUCGGCCUCGAUGACGGAAUGUGUGAAAUUUUAAGAUGGUGAUGAAGUGUUUUCUCGAUUUGCCUUAGAUAAUUUAGUACUGGUGCUUUGAUAUUUUGUCAGGAUAAUCAAAAUGUUUUCCUCUAUACGACCGCUAGAACAUUAAAACUUUUUGCCCUGGCGUAAGACACCCGGAGUGUUUAACGUGUUUGUCGGAUCAUUGACAUUGUUUCGUUACAAAAAUUUUGUACCAUCGCGAUUGUUAUGUUGUUGCUAGUAUUGUGUGCAUUUGUAGCGCCCAGUAAAUGGAUUAGGCGAUUCUGAUGUUUCCGAAGUCAUGGAGAGGCAGGAGCGCAUACAUGCCAACAUGGAGGCAACGGACACUGUAGAUACCAAACAGUCAAAGCAGCGAGCGUCGAUUAAAUGGCUGUUGUCGAAGGCAUUCAACAACCGGGUACCGGAGAACCUCCUAGAGCCAUUCUACAGAGACCACGAGGAUCAAGAGCACUUAAAGCCGCCCAUAGUUGGUGGCUUGGCCAACGCGGAGCUUUACUGCCUCGCGUUGGCCAACAUGUACUCGGACCCGAACUACCACAGUCUAAACCACUGGAACAUCCUGCAGACCCUCGCGCGGAAGGGCGUACAAGUGCCUGACCCGCCAGAUUGCGCGCUCACCGAGACUGUGCUCAUACAGACCAACCCGAUUAAAAUGGGCGCGCAUUUAGCUGUGAUAGAGGCUGUGAUGACGUUAUACGCGCGGGAGGUUGUCACGCUGGACCGGGUGUCUGCCGCGGCGCAGAGGUUCGGAACCUCGCAGCCGCUGCCCGCGGGCUCCACGAUACCACACGAGGACGGCUUGCUGUGCUGGAUCAACGCGGCGUGCGCGGCGCUCAAUAAGGCUGAGGAGAACACAUCGAUACACGUGCCGAUGGUGAAGAAUCUCCAAGAGCUUUGCGACGGAACUGCGUUGGCCGCCCUCAUCUCCUUCUACUGUCCCGAAGACUUGCCGCGGUCGGCCGUGCGCGUCGGAAGGAUGGCCUCCAUUCAAGACUGCCUCCAAAACUUGAUGCUGGUCUACGACUUCUGCCAUACCAGUUUGCCCCACAACGUGUUUCAUAUGCUGCCAGAGGACGUCACUUACAUGCGGGGGUCAAUGCGACAGAACUUAAUAGCAAUGCUAGCAGAUCUGUUCAACAUGUUAGAAGUUCAUCCAAUUAAAUCAGUAAAAUACCCGGGAAGUGCGGGCGCGGGCGCGGCCGCGGACAGCAACGCACACGGCGUGCGACACAGGCGGAGCCUGCCGCCGCCGCCGCCCGCCGCCAUCCCCGACCUGCGCGCCGAGCCGCCGGCCUGCGCGCUGCCCCCCCACCUCACUGCGCAGCCGCCCUUCGCAGUAUCUAGGUCGCCGUCGGCGUGCGGGAUGAGGCCGCGCGGGCCCGCCAGCCGCUCGUCAUGUUCUACGCCGGAGCGACGCAGCUGUAGUCCGCAACGGGACGAGUUCGUGGUGCACAGUCGGAAGGCUAUCACGACUCUAUCUGCGAUGGCGAGGCGGGAUGAAGAUAGUAUGUUUUCGGAGCAAAAGACGGCGGGUCGGCCCUCUAACUGGGCGGAGUCCCGAGAGAGCAGUUUCGCGGGACGGCGAUCGCGAAGAUCCUCAAUCACGGAUGAUAGUCAACUAACUGUAGAAAACUUUGGAGGCUCGCAGGAUCGAUUGCACUUCGCUGGCAAAAAUCCUGAAAAGGAGUUGGCCACUUUAGCUAAUGUUAGAAAAAUAUCUGCACCAUCAGGCCCCCUAGACCACAACCCCCCCAUCCGCUCGUCGCGGCAGGACAUCCGCGGCUCCAUCCAGUUCAUCCACGGCGACUACCAGAACGGCGCGCAGGACGAGCGGCAGAAGGUGGAGCGCCAACAGUCGCAACCGCAGACCGCGGAACCGCCCUACCAUCCCAUCAAGAGACAGCUCAGCAGCGACACUAUCACGCUGUCGCAGAACUUCGGAUUGAACUAUAAAGGUGGUGGGGACGGUUUUUACUUGAACGAACGCGACGCACCCGACGGUGACGUCACCAAAACGAGCUUCGCAGAUCUCACCAAGAUUAGGAGUAACGGUGAUCAACAAGGCGCGGGCGAGCCCGACAGGCGGAAAACGUCGUUCUCAACGCCAGCCGCGAACACCACCACGUGGCAACAGCACUUUCAGCAGCAUGAACACCAGCCUAACGGCGAGGACGCAACGGAAGAUGCGGUGACGUCACCGACUGGGGGGCAAGCGAUGGCGGCUCAACUCAACAACAUCCGGCUAAAGUUAGAGGAGAAGCGACGUCGCAUAGAGCAGGACAAGAGACGGAUGGAGCUCGCUGUCAACAGGCAACGGCAGCAGUUGGGCCAACAGGCCUUCCUGCAGGCUGUUACCAGGGGCAAGGGUGCGCGCACACCGGCCGACGCUGCAUCCGCGGAUCAGACGCAGGAAAUGGCGAUCGAAGCGCCCAAUCAGAGUGCCGACAAUGCUGCGCUGGAGCAGUAUCAGCAAUCAAUUGCCAAAAUGAACUCCAGCCUGCAGGAUAUACAGAGUGACAUCGCGCGGUUAGCCAGCCAACAGAACCAGCUACAGCAGCAACAGCAGCAGCAGCACCAGCAGCAAUUGCAACAGCAGCUGCAGCAGCAACAGCAGCAGUUGCAGCAACAACAGCAGCAGUUGCAGCAGGCGCAACAACAAGCGAAGCAGAUGUUCCACCAGCAACAGCAGCCGCAGUCCCCCUUCCAGCAACAAUAUCAACAAAACAUUCCACAAUUGCACAGCCAAUUCAGCUCACAGCACAAUGUGUCGCGUGCGCCCAACGCAUUCGGUUCAACGCCGCAUAUCGCGCGCGAUUUCUACGACCAAAGUGGUACGAACGUACCAAGCCCCCAACCGAACCAGCAGAACUUCCAGUACCAGUUUAGGGAUAUGGAGCCGGAGUUCCAGCGGCAACAGUUCUACCUGCACGAUAGUCCCGCACCGCUACAGAGGCGGACGUGGGCGCAGCACGCCCAAAUACAGCAGGAGAAUGUUGAGCUGAGGGGGUGGCAGCUGCACCAACAAAACCACCAGCAACCUCCGUACCAACCUCAGCAACCUGAACCUGCGCAGCGAACUUGGAAGUCCCCCUCACCGCAACCACAACCUCAACCUCAGCCUCAGCCUCAGCCUCCGCCCGAACGAACAUGGACGCCGCAAGGGUUUACGUUACACGAACGUACCGCGCCGCCCACGUUCCCUGUACACUACGCCGAUAGGUACCAGAAUGGUACAGAAAAUACCCGCGAAACCCAAAACCACCUCAGCUACACUGUGAUAAACCCUAAUCAAUACCCCAUCGCUUCCCAGUCACCGCCCACACAAAGCCCCCGUCGGUCGAAAACGCCCCAAAGACAAGGCUCAUUACCCGAAGUGAAAAGACUCGAACCAGUUGGAUUACAUCAACUACACAGUCCCGCGCCUCCAGAUGACAUGGAGCCUCAAAAUAUUUCCUUUAUUGGCAAUGCGGAAGAUGACGCGCUGAGACAAGGCAUCAACCGAUUAAACAUCUCCUCCGGUACGCGAACGUACCGCAUCCCUUCCCCUACAAGACCCUCCCUGGGCAAAAACUCCUUCCAAAGACUCGAACAACGGGAAGAACCUAACGAAAAAGGCUUUUAUAUAUCAUUUGACAACGAGCAACCAAAAAGACCUAAACCACCGUUACGAGUGAAACGUGGUUCCCCGAGAAAAGAGCGAGCGGAAUUUUCGAGUCCAGAGAGAAGUCCAGAAAGCACGUGGAGCGAACGCCUACCUGAAGAGCGCAGCAGCGAGCGGACGGAAGCGCCGCGCCCUGAAAUGCGGAGGCAGUCCCCGCCUCGGGAACGACAGAGGCCGCCCAGUGCGGAACCCGCAGCACUGGUUAUUGGCGAAUUAAAUCCCGACCCGAACUCAGCGGAAGAAAUGGAGCGCAAGAAAGAACGCAUAAUGCUCAUGUCCCUACAACGACGGCAACGGGCCGACGAGGAGCGGGCGCGAGCCGAGGCCGCCGCCGCCGCCAGGAAAGCGCGGGACGAGGCCGAGGCGGAGAUGAAGGCCGCAAGGAAAGAGGAACAAGCGAGACGAAGGCAGGCCAUCCUUCACCAGUACAAGCUGAAGAAGGCGAUGGAAGAAGCCGAAAGAGAGGGUAAAGCUCUCGACAAAACGGAAUACCUCGAGCUACUGAAAGGUGGUGGGGCUCCGCAAACGCCUGCACCAGCGGGGGGAGGUGCACGAUUGCGGGGCAAAGUCCCCGCGCGAGCACGACCCAAAACCAUACACGUGGACAGUGGAGCCCUACAGGCAGCCGAGGGUAUGCUUGGGAGCAAGCAACCUUCCUCUACCAACCUUACCGGCGGCACGAUGCGACGGGACUACUAUCGCGGCUCGCAGGACAAUCUCGCCGAACGGGCUGCUUUGUAUAGAGAUUCUCCAGUGGAAGAUCGAGGUGGUAUGUCGCCCAGCAGUGCUUCAAGCGGCGCACUAGGUCGACGGGGCUCCUGCAAAACGUCACGAGGAAACAUUUCAGAGCGCGUAAAUGAUGAACCGCAGUCGACACGUGGAAGGUCUAAAUAUUCCACUUACCAGAGUAACUUUAAGGCGGGGAGGAAAUCUAGCUCUCUUAUGAACUUGUGCGACUCGGGGCUGGGUCGUGCGACGCCGCCGCGCCGAGCCGCGUCGCCCGGCCUGAGGGCGCUGGCAUCGCCUGCGUCGGGCCCCGGAUCACUCCCGGGCGCCAUCGGCAAAAGGCGCAACCACGACGACAACUCCGACGUGUCCUCCACGCAUUCCUCCAUCAUGGACUACUCCGGUCCAAGGUUAUAUAAGCAGCCGACGACGAAGUCGAAUCGAGGGAUAAUGUUGAACGCGGUGGAGUACUGUGUGUUCCCCGGCGCAGUCAACGCGGAGGCCAAGCGGCGGGUGUUGGAAGAGAUCGCUCGGUCGGAGAGCAAGCACUUCCUUGUAUUGUUCCGGGACGCGGGCUGUCAGUUCCGGGCGCUGUACAGCUAUUGUCCGGACACGGACACCGUGGCGAAACUGUACGGGACGGGGCCUAAGCACGUCAAUGAUCGCAUGUUCGACAAGUUUUUUAAAUACAAUUCGGGCAGUAAAUGCUUCUCGCAAGUCCACACAAAGCACCUAACGGUCACUAUCGACGCGUUCACGAUACACAACUCACUGUGGCAGGGCAAGAAGGUGCAGCUUCCCAGUAAGAAAGACAUGGCACUGGUCAUUUAAAGCCCUGAGAGCUACGUCCGUGACGUCACAGACCGACCGCGACGCAGCCUGACGUGACGUCACCGCCUGCGCGCGACCGGUCCCGAACUCUGAACCCGAGCUUCGGUCGGAUGACGUAAUUAAUUUUUAAAUAAAGAGUCCACGUUAUCUAGUCGCCGGCGGCAGUCGAGUCAAGCCUUGUUGCUCUUCAGUUAAGACGCUUCGGUAGAGAGCCAGUGUAUUAAUAUCGGUUAGCGGAGUCGCUAAUUUUAUACGUUAUACGGUUGUUGGCUGCAUUUAACUUAGUCUUAAUGACGACGGGUUAAAAAUAAGGCACGAGAAUCCAAUCUACGGUCCGCCAAGUGGUUCAUUAAAAACGUCGCGUGGAACGUUCGAGACGUUUUUUUAAAAGGUUGUACGAGCUGGUGUCAUAUAUGUAUAGUAAAGAGGAUUGGAGUGUCGGAAACUCGAAUCUGGUAGGCGACACGCGACGCUGGCGACCUGAUUAGAGAAUUCUACAAACCCUCAAUAUUUUAUUAGCUUCGUAUUUAGAGGCGUCGUUUAUCGAUUUUAACGUGUUUUAGCGUAUUCAUUGCUUAAGUAAACUGCAUUGGCUUUAAUAAACGUAUGUUUAAAUAUGCGUAGAGUACUCUACUUAGGUUGCCGGUAGAGGGAAAGUGCGUUCCGAAUGGUCCGAAUGGAAUGAAUGAUUGUUUUAAUUUUACACUUCGAGCUAUGUUCACAGUUAAUUCUCUUGCGGCUUAUCAAAGUGAUUAUCCAAGUAUUAUGUCACGGCGAAUUUCGUGAGUUACAUUAUUUUUUAUGGGUUUAAAAAAAAUGUGAUAUUUGCUUGCGAAAUGUGUUACUGACAUCAACAAUUAUUAUUAUGAUAGAAACAAAAUUAAUGUUAUUAUUGGUUUAAUUUUCGAAACGAUCUGUUGAAAUUAUGAUUUUAUUUUUUAUUCAGUAGUGGACCAGGCAUACUGUUUUUUCACACUCGUGUACAGAAAUUAGCAAUUUAUGCUAUUUAAUUUAGUAUUUAAAAUACCAUUUUUUUAUAAGAUGACGGUGCCAAUAACGCUGUAUACAAAUCUGACAGAUCAAAAAGUCAUGACAUUUCAACGAGGUUCCCAGUAUUGCAAGCUUUUAUUUUCCUUCUUUCAAGCUUUGUUUUGUGAGCUAUUUUGGCUUAUCUAUGUUCUAAGUAAUAUACCAUAUAGCUAUUUUUAUGAUAUAUAGAGUGGUCAAGUUUUCACAGGAUUCAGGCCGAUUUUAGACUCGGAUUCGUUAGCAAAAUCAUUUAUUGUAAGUAGGCCUAAUAGAAGCACCAUUUCUAAGAAUAGUCCAAUUAUUUGCAGCAGGAAUAGUUCGGACAAGAAUGCCGAGGCUUUUAGAUCCGUCAGAUUAGCUAAAGAUUUGUGUACAACGUAAUUGACAUCGUGAUAUAUUGGUUGUGUUCGCUAUACACGUUUUGUAUACUGCAUGAUAUUUUAUUACAAUAACAAGAUGUUCUCUCUUUUCGUUUCUUCACCAUUGACUUGACUAUUUUAUGUGUCUGAAAAUAUCCUCAUUAUAGUUAUUACGUAUAAUUUUAAUAUUUCUAGUCUAAUAUUUUAAUUAUUUUCGAUACAUUCUGUACACGCGUGUGAUUAUGCAUAUUGGUUAUGCGUGUUUGUGUUGAAUUCGACGCGAAAGGGUCCGUGUGUGCGAUGUUUGCCAUAUGUAUUAGUGAGAUGGUCGAUACGUUCCAUUAUAUUUGUCUCAAACGACGUAACAGCUACUAUUCUAAGUGGAUACUCGCUAAGAGUACCCGGCAACUCUCGCGAUCGUGACGAGCUCAUUUUUGACGUUUGCGAUUUAUAUUCACUGCCAUUUUUUAUUAUAAUACUCAAUUUAAUAUAAUAGACGAAGUUAUGGCGACGUUCAGACGUUUACUUAUUUAUAUUAUUCACGGGGAUACUAUGUCGCUACUAAAAGGGGGGAUAGUUAUAAAAGAGUCCAUUUAGGGUCAGUACAGAUCCAGAGAUUCUCGGCAAUUUGUUGCAAUGGGUAAAUGAAUAUCGUGCUUAUAAAAGCAAAUAGAGUUAAUAAUUUAUCUGAUGCGAAUGCAAAUUGGGUUUUUAAUUUCUAUAUCGUCUCAGGUUUGGUCUGGCUUUGGCUUCAAAAACAACCUUGAUAUUUGGUUCCGAUUCUGAUGUACACGAAUCUCUAACCUAAACUAAAUUAAUAGAUCUAGAAUAGUGUUAUCCUUUUCUACAGGGAACAUUGUGAAGAGGACAGCAUUGCUUUUAGCAAUAUAAAUUUAGUUUAGUUAGAUUUGUGUACAACAGAAACAAUGAACUCGAUUACAAGUCUAUUGCAUUUGCAAUAUACUUUUAUUAUCCGUUAGAUAUCUAGAUGCGAGCAAUUUCCAGAACGCUAACCAGGGCUUGAAACCGGUUUAAAUUUAUCGGUAUAUUUGGGUUAGUUACCGUUUCAAAUAUUGUUCUAUCUUUUACCGGAUAUUUCUAAAGACGCCGAAAUGAUUGGCAAUGUUUUAUUAACCUAUUAAAGACUUUAAUAGGUUAAUAAAACAUUGCCAAUGAAAAAGCGAUGCUUUACUUUGUAAACCGCUUAAUAUCUGUUGAGUCAAAGUUCAACUUGGUUUCGUUAUUUAACCAAUUUAAUAAAAACGGUAACCUAUAUAAUGCCGAUACAUGGAAACUAAACCGGUUUCCAAGCUCGCUCCGCUUACCCUUCCUGGUACUCUUGAACUCAGCUGGAUACGCGUCGAACGUCAAAAUAUUCCCGGUAGCGCGAGAGUUGCGGAAUGUCGCGAGCUUCGUCCGUAUCUCGUAAGGAAUAAUAACAAAUUCACAAACUAAUCUUUGCUUACUCGUAAUAUUUAACUUGUUAGUGAUUAUUUUCAAUUGACUGGAGUUAUGAUUAAGAUAAUGAGUUAUUCGUCGAAAUUAUUGACCUUCAUUUAAGUUGAUUCAAAUCCAAUUUUUUACUGCUUGUAUAGCUAAAGUAAGACAAGGCACACUUUACGUGGUAAUUGUACUGCCUUAUUCUGUAAAUAAUUGUUUUCUUUUUGUAUACAGCUAUUUAUUAAAACGAUGUUAAACGAAAAUUGAUGAAUAUCAUUUUUCAUUGUUCAAUGAUUGGUCAUCAAUUAUAUACUAGCGAUAGUGUAUGGUAUGCAAAUAUAUUGUAUUAUUAAAAAGCAUAACGAAAUAAUAUUGAAUUUCAUAUUAA